CAUGUGUACAAAACUUCAGUGCAUACACAGCGAAACCAGAGAAAGUCGCUGGGAUAAUGUCACAGGACCUGCUGUGAGUAUAAUUGUCAUUUUUACCUUGAUGAUAUAUUUAAAUAGAAAACUGAAAGCUUUUUUUUUAGCAAAUAUUUAGUAAAUAUUCAGCAUCAUCCAAUACUCAGAUGUAAAUAUACAUACAUUCAUAAAACACACACAUUCAUACACAUCAUGGCAAUGCACAUGUGUAGAAGGUAUUUUUGAAUCUGAUUGAGAAAAUAGUUCAAGAUUGCUAAUGGAUUAUUUGUUUGCAUGCAAUGAGAUUAUUUGUCUUCCCAUCAUGCUGUAGAAACAGUCCAUGUAACGUGAUUCUUGGUUGUUGCAUGUGGCGAGGGGGGCGUGGUUCAGCGAGGUCUGCGGCGGGAGAGAGCAUCGGGAGAUCUUUGGUGAGUGAGCGAGUUAAAUGUAAAUCACGAACACCUGUUUCUCAUUUCAGUAAUUGGCGCGGAGACAGGUUAAAAUCCCGCGAGAAGCAGGAGUUGGUGAGAGAGAGGGGAACUGCUGACUGAGCCGCUGGUGCACGACAAACUAGAGUGAAGCCCUUUGUGGAUUGUACAUGCCGUGACCAGGAGUGAAGCCCUUUGUGGAUUGUAUAUGCCGUGACUGGAGUGAAGCCCUUUGUGGAUUAUUUUGUUUUGCUGUUGUGCUUUGCACAGUUUUUGUUGGACAUUUCUAAAUCUUGAAAUAAAGCUCAGACAGCAGUUGACCGCCGACCCUGUCCCCUUCCUUCCUAGACUUAAGAACAUUAUUUGUACUACACUGGUGCCGAAACCCGGGAAGGAAGCUGGGUGGCCGCUGCCAUGCAAUCUUCGUCCUCCCCAUCGACAUUUGCGGAAGUCAUCGCGUCCCUCGCGGUCCUGCAUCAGGAGCAACAUCAGGCCCUGCUGGACCUGCGCACCGACCAAGAACGCCGCUUCCAAGCCAUCGUGCAGGCCCAGCAGGAGGACCGCGAGAGGUUCCGGAGCUGGAUUGACCGGGAGGUUCGCCAGGAGACCAUCGGGCAGCCGGCUGCGCCUACCCACCUGCCGUUGAACAAAAUGGGGCCAUGUGACGACCCCGAGGCCUUCCUCGACUUGUUCGAGCGGUCAGCCGAGGCAAGUGGCUGGCCGCGGGACCAAUGGUCCAUGAGGCGGAGGACCACAUGGUGGCGUGCCAAGGGGUCGGCGAACCCCUACCAUCUGCCUCUCUCUCUCCUUCUUUUAAUUUCCCCUCUCUCUCUAAACCUGUCCCUCUACCCAGGUCUCGUCCGCCCGGCCCGCCACGUGUUCCGCCCCGGGGGCGGGGUGGAACUGAACAGGGCCCGUAUUAUGGACCGAGAGCCCCGCCCAGGGGGGUGGGACUCCCUGCCGCCGGGCCGGACUCCGCUCCUGCUUCUCCCCUCUCUCCGCGUCAACCAUUUAACCCGCUCCCUGCCACAAGAGCGGCGGGCAGGUCUGGGCCGGCCUGUUGGCGUUGCGGGGACCCGGAGCACUUUGUGGACAGGUGUCCAGUGAUGGAGGUUGGGACGUUGAUCCGGGUCCCGGACGAUCCGCAGGCUGCCCCCGGUCAAGCUGGCGAGUACCAAAUACCUUAAUUGGCGCGGAGACAGGUUAAAACGCCGCGAGAAGCAGGAGUCGGUGAGAGAGAGGGGAACUGCUGACUGAGCCGCUGGUGCACGACAAACUAGAGUGAAGCCCUUUGUGGAUUGUACAUGCCGUGACCAGGAGUGAAGCCCUUUGUGGAUUGUAUAUGCCGUGAC